AUGUGUCGUCCAUGUGAUUCAGCUUGUGUCUCGGCCUUUGGGACUAGAUUGAAUACCACCGUUAGUGGGACGAUGAUGGAACUAGGAGUAAACACCAGUGGAGUUGAUGUAAACGGCAACUGUGAGAUCCAUGACGGCAUCCUGUAUCCUGCCUUACCCAUUCUCUACUCAAUAAUCUGCUUCUUCGGCCUGGUCAGCAACACCAUGACCAUAUUUGUGUUCUUCCUGAGGAAGCACUCCGGCUCGUCCAUGGCUGUGUACAUGAGACACCUGGCCAUAGCUGACUUCCUGUUGGUGCUGUGUCUGCCUAUGCGGGUCUAUUACCACAACAGCCAGGGCCCCUUCUACAUCUGCAAGGUGCUGGGCAUCUUCUUCUACGUCAACAUGUAUGCCAGCAUCCUGUUCCUCAGCCUGAUCAGUCUGGAUCGCUACCUGAAGAUCAUCAAGCCUGUGUGGGUCCUGAGAAUCCACAGGGUGCGGUGGAGCCACCGGGCGUCCUUCUCGGUUUGGGCAAGCCUGGUCCUGGGCAUGUCUCUGUUCUUCCUCAGGAAUGACAGGCAGCAACCCUGUGACAUGAUCUGCUUCCACUUCCACCGUAAAGGUCUCCUGGGGGGCCUGGCCAACCUCACCAUGGUGGCCUUCUUCUGUGCCACCUUCAUCCUCGUCCUCUGCUUCUACGCCAGCAUAACCACCAAGGUGAGGACCAUGUCCUUAGGGAACCGGGACCCCAAGGCCCAGCGGAGGAAGAGCAGGGUGGUCCGGAAGACUUUUGUGGUGCCGGUGAUCUUCACACUGUGCUUCCUGCCAUACCACCUGGUGCGAGUGCCCUACGUGCUGGCCCAAAUGGAUCUGAUUCAGGCCCUGGACAGUAAGCAGAUUCUUCACAUCCUCAAUGAGCUCACUCUGCUCCUGUCUUCCCUCAACAGCUGUCUGGACCCCAUAAUCUACUACUUCCUGUCCUGCACCUAUAGGAGGACCAUCCUCUGUGCCCUGCAAGGACAGUUCAAGACCAUGUAUGCUGUUACCAGUAGACACAUCAUUAUUAAUCAAUCUAUCACAGAGAUAUAGAGCUAUCUAAGGCAGGGAGUUUUUAACAUUUUGCACAAUGGGGUUAGAAAUCUAUUUAGAUUAGUAACUGAGAAAUGAUGUAUAAUAAUGUACAAUACAUGUUAAUACUGUUGAUACUAUUGACUCUAUAAAAUAAAGUAUAGAAGGGUAUUAUUGAAUGUACAUUAUGAAAGAUGAAUAUAUAUAUGAACUAUUGUUAUCAAGUUCUUACUGGACUUUGUAGAUAUAAUUGUUGGUCCAGUAAGAAUGGUGUUUGUAUGAGUAUUUGUACAGUCUGCGAGUAUAUUACUCACACUUAUGGUGACCUUAGGUUGUCAUUGUUAAAAGGGCAUUAUAAACCGGGUGGUUCGAGCCCUGGAUGUUGAUUGGCUGAAAGCCGUGGUAUACCACGGAUAUGUCCCCCAAAAUUUUUAUUGUCACAAAACUUCUGUUGACUGAAAACGUAUUAAUUCAAUGAAGUACUA